GCGGAGAGCGUUGAAACCCCGCCCACCUCUCGGCUUUGACAGUUCGUUCCUGACGUCACCGGUUCCGUCCCAACACGGAAAUAUGGAAUAGUGACAAAACGGCUGCGCCGCUGUUGUUAUGGAUUUAAAGCGGGGCUGCUAGCUUACAUUUCCCGUUGUUUGUUAACUCCUUGCUUACUCCUUCGCGAUGUUAAACGACCAGCGCUCACUUUCCAACGGAUGGACGCUCGCGCUGGAAAUGGAGAGAGAGUUCGACCUCUGUUGUUAGUUCAGUAGCUGUCAGUUGGUUUGUUCAGAGCCAUGACAAAAAGCGCUCCGGGUGUCGUGGGGCCUCUCGGUCGCCUGUUGCUGUCUCUUCUCCUGCUGUCCUGGGAAGGCAAACUAUUUCAGGUUGGAGGGGUCAGAUCAGUCACACUCCCAGAAUCCCUCCUGUUCGUCUCAACACUGGAUGGUAGUCUGCACGCUGUCUCCAAACAGACAGGCGACAUCAAGUGGACCCUGAGAGAAGACCCCAUUAUCCAAGUACCUGUCUACCUCACAGAGCCGAGUUUUCUCCCAGACCCAAACGAUGGCAGUUUGUAUAUCCUGGGCGGCAAGCACAAGGAGGGCCUGAUGAAACUGCCGUUCACCAUCCCAGAGCUGGUUCAGUCAGCUCCCUGCAGGAGCUCUGAUGGUAUUCUCUAUACAGGUAAAAAGCAGGAUGUGUGGUUCGUGGUGGAUCCCGAGACGGGUGAAAAACAAACCAGUUUGACCACCUCCUCCUCUGAGUCCAUCUGCCCCAACACUCCUCUGCUCUACAUUGGUCGCACAGAAUACAUGGUUACUAUGUUUGAUACUAAUAGACGGGAGCUGCGGUGGAAUGCUACGUACAAUGAUUACUCUGCUCCGCCUUACGAUGAGAAACAAGACUACAAGAUGGCCCAUCUUGUGUCGAGUGGUGAUGGUCUUGUUGUGACAGUUGACAGAGAGUCAGGGGACGUCUUGUGGAGUCAGAACUAUGGAUCACCUGUUGUAGGUGUCUACCUGUACUCUGGCGACUCACUAAGACACGCCCCCCACCUCUCUCUCGCCAUUGAAACGCUACGCUUCCUCACCUUCUCCUCUGCCAACGACCAGGCAGAGGCGCACUCUACAUUGAAGUGGAGCUAUCAGUUUGUGAAGGAGCAGGCCAGCCAAAAAACACAACUUGUACCCACACUCUACGUAGGAAAAUUGGACUCUCACCUCUAUGCCUCCACCUCCCUUGUCCACCUCGGAGUCUCUUUAGUGCCUCGGGGGCUGACCCUGGCUAGAAUUGAGGGUCCGCUGACGACUGAAGUGACGGAGGGAGAGCGAGGGGAGUGUGAGAUUACGCCAUCCACCGAUGUGCGAUAUCCAGCAGGGAGCACAAACAGCCAGAAAAACCACUGGCUACUGAUAGGUCACCAUGAGCUCCCUCCUGUAGCUCACACCACCAUGCUGAGGGAAUUCCCACACAACCUGCAGCGUUCUGGUGAGGCAGUCAUCCCUCCUCGGCCCUCUGCCUCCCCCGUCUCCCCUGGCCCCUACGACCACCGGCGCUACUUCCACACAGAUGAUGAUGGCCGGAGCGACACUGAUAGUAAUAGAGGAGGUGUUGGUGGGAAGACAUCAGGACAGACUGAGAAACCGGUCACUGUGCUUCCUGUCUAUAUGACUCAGGACCGUCUCACUCUGGCUGUUCUGACGCUGCUGCUGGGAGGAUGGUUGGCCUUGGCGCUCACAUACCCCAUUCGUGCAGCCCAGCACCUGAAAGCACAAAGGCAGCUGGAGGAGGCUUUUGAAUCUCGUCUCCAGCGUAUGCAAACAAAUAUGCAGACAAAUGUGCAGACAGUGACCUCAAUAUCUUCAGAAACAACCCUGUCUACUGACACAAACCUCUCCGGUGAUUCUCAGCCGGCAUCUCCCGACCCUCCACCGAGUCCUCACUCUCACAGCAGCAGCACCUCAGAGGUCGACGUAAAUGGCGCCGCAGGGCUCAAUCCCACAGCAGAAGGAAACAGUGAGGAGGUGCAGGUGGGAAAAAUCUCCUUCACUUCAUCUGAGGUGCUCGGACACGGAACAGCGGGAACUUUUGUCUUCAGGGGUCAGUUUGAUGGACGCAACGUUGCAGUGAAGCGAAUCCUGCCGGAGUGUUUUGAGGUAGCAGAACGUGAGGUGCAGCUCCUCCGAGCUUCUGACACACACCCGAACGUCAUCCGAUACUUCUGCACAGAAAGAGACCGCCUCUUCACUUACAUCGCCAUCGAGCUGUGUGCUGCGACCCUGCAACAGUAUGUAGAGGAUCCAUCCUGCUUUCCUGAGCUGAAUCCUGUAAGUCUGCUGGAACAGACGAUGUGUGGCCUCUCACACCUCCACUCACUCAAUAUAGUCCAUCGUGACCUGAAGCCUAGAAACAUCCUCCUGUCUGGUCCCAGUGCGCUGGGUCGGGUCCGAGCUCUCAUCUCUGACUUUGGACUCUGUAAGAAGAUCCCAGACGGUCGGACCAGCUUUUCUUUACGGUCGGGGAUUCCAGGAACUGAAGGGUGGAUAGCUCCGGAAGUACUGCGGGAUACUCCUUGCAACAAACCGACAGCAGCGGUGGACGUGUUCUCAGCAGGCUGUGUGUUCUACUUCGUCGUCAGCAGGGGGCAGCACCCAUUCGGUGAUGCAUUGAGACGACAGGUCAACAUCCUGUCAGGAGAAUAUUCCCUCUCCCAUUUCAUGGAGGAUAUACACGACGACGUCAUAGCACAGGACCUGAUCGAGCAAAUGAUCAGCACUGAGCCCGAGUCCCGCCCCUCCACCGCCUGUGUGCUCAAGCAUCCGUUCUUCUGGAGCCCCGAGAAGCAGCUGCUAUUCUUCCAGGAUGUGAGUGACCGCAUAGAGAAGGAACCGGCUGACAGUCCCAUUGUGGUGCGACUGGAGACCGCAGGAAGGGCUGUGGUUCGAACCAACUGGAGGAUGCAUAUCUCUGUGCCCCUACAGAUAGACUUGAGGCGGUUCAGGACAUACAAAGGAAACUCAGUUCGAGAUCUGCUGAGAGCCAUGAGGAAUAAGAAGCAUCACUACCAUGAGCUGCCACCGGAUGUGCAGGAGACCCUUGGCGAGCUGCCCGAGGGCUUCGUCAGCUACUUCACCUCACGUUUUCCACGGUUACUGAUGCACACGCACGCUGCUCUGCACAUCUGCAGCCACGAGAGACUGUUUCAACCCUACUAUCUGCCCCCGAAUGCCAAAUAGCAUUCGCAUGACUCUGCACUCUCUGUUCUGUUCAGAGACACACACGCAUACAUUGGUGUACUUUUUUGUGAGCUUAAGAAAUCCCUGACGGCGCCCCGCUAUUGCUCCUGUAAAGCCCAUCCUGUUUUUUGGGGGAUGAUACAGUGCUGUGAAAAAGUUUUUAAAUGCCUUGAAUUGUUUUUACAGAUUUAUUUUCCUGCAGCUAUAGAUCAAGAAGUGAUUUAAAAAUGAAAUCAGAAGAGGCCACUCGGUGCUCUGCGGUUCAGGUGGGCUGGAUCAUAAAUAUUCAUAUUUUUGUUACCGGCAAAUAGAUUGUGUGCUGUUGAAAUAGUAUAUCAUUACUGAGGAAUACAUUAACUACGUUACCUGCAGCGAACCCAAAACAACAGAAAUAAUGAGUUCAUUUCCUCCCUUCAUUUGCGCACAAGGCACGGCAGCUUAACUAAUCUCCCGACGCACCGUCAGCAACGUUCAGGAUCUAACGUCCGUUAAUGUUUUCAGAUUCAUACAGUGAAAUUGUGAGGAGUAAAGCAGCUGCCGUCCUGCUAAAUCCUGAACAAACAUUCAUUACAAGUUUAGGAAAAAAGGUUAACUCUGUUUUCUCUGGCGAGUUUCCUUUGUCCUGUCAAGUUUAUAGCUACAGGUUUUAGUUUUGCUGCUAAAAUGUGCCUCAGUUGUUGCAGUGACAUUACUGCACAUGUGGAAACUGGAAGCCACCUAUCCAACCAUUAAAGUGAAUUGUUAAAGAAGACACUCAUAUCUUAAUAACACACAUUGAAGAAAUCACCCAGAGAGCUGAUGGCUCCAGAGGCUAGUUGCAUUAUCUAUAUUAAUAAAGGAUAAUGUUUUUAAACCAUAUUUUUUAAAGUGUAAUUCCAUCAGAAUAUACUUGAUGAAAAGUUCAACAGUUUGGACAUGUGAUGGAAAAACGGUUACAUAAUGACUUAAAAUGCCUCGAAACAAAUCACCUGUUCUUUGGCCCCAUUCCGCCAAAUUUCAUUUGAACAUGUUAUUUUACAUUUUCCAGAUAUCCUAUAAACAAACAUACAUCACUAGUAGUUUAAAGAAAAACAGGAAACCAGAAGGGAGACAUAGGUCUUAAAAUAACAGCAAAGUGUCACUUUUUGUAUGAAGGUAUACAUUUGAAAUAGACUUAAAAUAAAGAAAAACAAACAAAAAAAACUGUUCUGAAUAAAUCAAACUCUGUAGUAGUACUUUAAGACUUUCACCUCUUAUAACGUUACAGCAACCUUACUAGAUUUUAGGGAGGUCAAAUAUUUUCAGAUGGAAGGUGAUGUUCACAGACUUUAUGAGGUGAGAAGACUUUGUCACAGCACUGUAUGUAACACAGACACUGGAGAACAUAAGAAAAUAAGCUUCAGUGUGUUCGGUGAAGGCUACAUGUUGUAAAAGAAACAUUACUUUAACAGUUGUCUGCUCUGCUCUCAGCUCCUCUGUAGAGAGAAAGACUCCACAUAUUUACUUUGCUAUUUGUUUUUAUGUAUUUGAUGUGUGUGUGUGUGCGCGCGUGUGUGUGUGUGUACUGCUUUACUGAAUGUAGCUGCACUGACUAGAGAACGUACUGAGCCUUGUUUUUCACUGAAGUCAGUACAGGGAGGAUAAUAGUCAAAUAUCACCGCAUCUGUUAAAAUGUGCUCUGAAAAUCACACACGUCACCGACGCGUUCAGGCAGCAACUGCCACAGCAAUGCCCUUCUUUUUAUUUAUAGACACAUUUUGUUUACGAUUAUUUAACAGAAAUCCUGUGUAUUUCACCACUCCUGAAUGUUUUGCAUCACUUCGAGCUUUUCCAGCCUCAGAUAAUUGCCACUAAAUGCUCUCAGAGCCUCGUGACAUCUCCCCCCUGUAACUGCUGGAUGAAGGUUUGUUUAUUGGUUUGCAUUAGAAUGAAUGAUGAAGAAUCAAACUUUUGUACUUUUUUGAAUGAGUUAAUUAAAUUGAUGCUUUGGGUGUGCCAAAGAAUGAAGUCAA